CAGGCCCAGCUUGGGACAUUCUUCACUUCCCUUCACUUCCCCUCUGGGAGUCCCUUUCACCCCCGCGCCUUGCUUCGGGCGGGCGAUGCCCAAGAGGGAGCUUUGGCCAGCAGGGCCGUGCUCAGAACCCGGGACCCACAUCGGCAGCUGUGACAGCAUGAUGAGCGCCACCUCCGCCCACUCUGGAUCUAGUGACAACAGUUACGACUUCCUGUCUGCCGAAGAGAAGGAGUGUCUGCUCUUCCUGGAGAAGACCAUUGGCUCCCUGGAGGCUGAGGCUGACAGUGGACUCUCCACGGACGAGUCAGAGCCAGCCACCAGUCCUGGAAGUUUCCGAGCACUACCCAUCACCCAACAGGCUCCCCAGGGAAACCCAGAGGUGAGAGACACUCAGCAAGUGCCCGCACCAAGGAGAGUGGCCCACUCCUCUGGUCCUCCCGAGUCUCAAGGUCUGGGUCUCAGGUCUGGUUCCUACAGCCUUCCCAGAAACCUUCACUUCGGCGGAAGCCAGAACCUCAGGGAAAGCGCCACCCAGACGAACAGCCACGGAUCUGAAACACCGGAGGUGUUAGCAGAGCCUGAGGAAGGGCCUGAGGAAGGGCGGACCAGCCAGAGCACUCAGCCCAUCCAGCCGCCAGCCCCAUCCCAGCACACUACCCUUGACCUGAGCACAGUUCUCAUUCCCCCACCAGAGGCUUUUCAAGACAUUAGGCCAAGACAAAGCGGGGAAGAGAGCCUACCUGAAGAGCUAGGAGAGAAGAGACACACACCACAGGCUGGUACUCCGGUCAGCUCCCAGAAGAAAGAGGAAAUGUCUUCGGAAACGAUGUCCCAUAAGGCCACUGAGAAAGGCCGGACAGAAGGUCCGCCACAGCCACAGCUACCUCCUCAGAACACAAGAGCUGAAGAGGCUCCCCUGCCAUCAGAGGUCAAGCCAAAUAUCCAACAGGCUCCCCUCACGGCCUCCAAGCCCCGCAGGCUGCCUCCUAAUAUCGUACUGAAGAGCAGCCGCAGCAGUUUCCACAGCCACCCCCAGAACUGGCUGUCACACCCCACCGAGGCUGCAGACUCUGUCCCUGUCCCUUCUUCCCUGCAGGAACAACAGAAAGCCCGCAGAGAGGCUCUGGCCAAGCUGGGGCUGCCCCAGGACCAAGAUGACCCCAGCCUACCGGUAAGACAUACAAGUACCCUCAAAGUCAAGGAGGCCCAGACUCAGAGCCCUUCCCAGGCCCGGGCCGUGGUUCAGCACACACCUCCAACCACGGCCCCAGGGGCUGCUUCUGCUGCAGGGAAAACUUCCCCAGGGAAGGCUGUCACCCCAAUGGCCUCUUCGGGCAAGAGGGUCCCUGCCCAGGAGACCCCUCCAGGGAAGGUUGCAGCUGCCAAGUCUAUGCCCAUUCCCAUCCCUAAGGCCUCAAAGGAAAACAGUUCCCUGACACGGCCCAAGCCUGAUCCACGGCUGACCCUGCAGGAAAGUAGCAUCCCCGGCCUGAGACAGAUCAACUUCAAGUCCAAUACCCUGGAGCGUUCAGGCGUGGGGUUGAGCAGCUAUCUCUCGGCGGCAGAGAAAGACCCCAAAUGCCAAACCAGUACAUCUCUGGGAAAGAGCCCCGUCUCGGACAAGGCUUCACCCAGCGUCUUGCGUAACUCCCGGCCCCGGCCUGCCUCCUUGGGCAUGGGAAAGGACUUUGCAGAAAUCCAGGGGGGCAAAUUGGUUGGCCUGGAGCAGGGCCCGCGCGCCCAGCAGCUGUCCUUCAGAGGACAGAGCCACGACAAGCUUCCUCGCCCGCCCUGUGUCAGUGUUAAGAUAUCCCCCAAGGGCAUCCCUGAUGGACACAGGAGGGAGGCUCUAAAGAAGCUGGGACUGCUGAAGGAGUAGCCAGGCCGCCGACCGGCACAGCCGGCACCAACCCACCGGAAGAGACUGGCUCUACCUAGAGCCUUCGCGGCCUCACAGCUCAGGGCUGGCGUCUUCCCUGCCUGGGGUGGAGAAGGAAGAGGUUUGAGUCCAAGCAUAUGUGUGUACUCAGAGCAGCUGUGCUGUUCAGUGCUGAUAGAGAUCAUUCUAAAGACGUGGAGUCUCGCGGGAGCGGGAGGGAGAAGGAGAGGGAAGCCUUACGUAUCACCGACACGGUUUAUGUAACACAAAGAGUCGCUGUUCAAAACUCCGUUCUUGGUUGAGAUUUUACACGUAUAAAGUUCAGCCUGUCCCAGAACUGAGUGGAAUAGAGUCCAGGGAGAAGUGGACCUGAGAAGUAAGGUUGGGUGAGAUAAAGGAGGUGGAACACUUAAAAAGAUGAAUUACAUUGCACACGUGACUACGGUCACAUGAGCUGUGGGAUGAGUUUCUGCAGUCAAUGGAGACUGGCUCCUCUAUGCCAUGCCUCUCUCUCAGGGUCUUCUGGAAAUGGCCUGAGGCCAAGGGGAGCUGGUUCAGUAUCUCUUUCCCCACUCACUGCCUUUCCCUGUCUAUGGUUCUUGCAGGGUGGGACAUAUCCCUGUCUCUAGAUCUCAUAGUUCACUGACAGCAGGAGGCACUCCCAGGUCUGAGAAAAGCUGGGUAAAUGGCACACACCCCUCCAUUUCUACCUGGAAGAAUCCAUGUCAUGGGCUUGAAGAAUAUAAUAAUAAACUGUGCCAUGGCCUGUG